AAAAUACAUAAAGAAUGUAAUAUGAAAUCAAAAUAAUGGGUUAUGAAACAACAGGAGAUAAUGUCUUAUAUAAAAUUCGUAUAAUAGAUCUUAUGACGCUGGAUUAAAGAGAUAUUCGAGUUAGAUAUAGUUUCUUACUUGAACUUCAUAAUGCUUUGCAGGAAUACAAUAUAAAUUAUUAAGUAUUUAUUAAUUAAACAUAGCUUCCUCAAUUUCCUAAAAAAGAUGUUUUAAAGGGAUGGUUUGAAGAAAAAAUAUUGAUAAAGUAACGCGAAUAAAUGAUAGGGGAAUAUUUUUAAUAACUUCUUAAAUCACCUCCUCCUAAUCAAAAAUUAUUACUUGAUUUUCUUAGAGAAGGAGUUGACACUAUCAGACAAUAAGAAUUAUAAAAAGAUGUAAGUUCAAAAUCUGAAAUUUUGAAAUAUCUCAAAAAAGAAAGAGUAUUAAAGAAAACAUUAUUUGGUAAAACUACCUUAUAUAGUAAUAAUGGUAAGAAAAUAAUUUUGCAUAAAUUUUAUGUUAUGAAACAUUAAUGUGAUUCUCUCUUUCAAUCAUAUAUGAAAGCACAUCUAAAUAUUCUAGAUUAUACAUUAUUUACAUAAGUGAAUUCCAUAUUCUAUAUAAGACCUAAAGGAAAUUUUGUUGAUAAUAUACUUGGUUAAAUUAGGUAACCAAAAAUAAGUAAGAAAUCCAACAUUUUUAGUAAUUUCUAUUAAUAAAAUUACAGAGGAGAAGCUGUAAAGAUUUUCUCUUUUGAAGAAUUUGGAGGAUAGAAUUUAGAUGAUGUCAUUAAAGAUCGAAAAAAUAUAAAUAAACCAUUUAGUUUAGAUGAACUUUUAAAUAUUAUUUAAAAGAUUUUAUUAGCAUUUAUGCAAUUACAUAAACGCAAUAUAUUUCCGAAUAGAAUUUUUUGUACAUCAAUAAUUAUAAAAAAUGACAGUAUCAAAUUAGCAGGGAUACAAGAACCUAAUGAAAAAUAUAAGGAAAAAUAUCUUUUAGAAGGACAUGCUGUUGGAAAAGAAUAAGAAGAUGAUAUUGUUUAUUAUCCUCCUGAGAAAUUGAGUUAAUAUUUUUAAUAAUAAUAAUAAAAUGGAAAAUUAAUAGAUAGUUGGCAUUUUGGAGUUUGUAUUUUGAAGGCAGCUUUAUUAUACACAAAUAGAUAAUUGGACGGAAUUCAUUCAUGUACUUAAGUAGAUAAAUUUGCCAAUUAAGUAUAACUUAUGUAUGGGUAUUUUAAUAAAUUUAAUAUAGGUAAGGGAUGUCAUAGCAUAAAUAAUUAUGUUUAGUCUUAAAUAAUCCCCUCAAGAAAGAGCAGAUAUAAGAGAAUUAUAUUUUAUGGCUAAUUAAACUGCAAUUAUUAAAUUUGAAUCAGCUAUCUUAAAUUAAAUAGAAAAAACACAGAUGACUUAUUUGUAUAUAAAUAAAAUCACAGAAGAAUAAUUUCAAAGUACUUCUCAGUAAAUUUAGAAAUAUCAAAUUUUAACAGUCAAAAUUAAUCUUUAUAAUUAAUAGAUAGAUUAGGAACAAUUUGAUAAAUUAUUUCAAUUAUUAGGUAAUUUUUCUGAAGUGAAGAAUAUUACAAUUAUAUUAAAUAAGUAAUAUUAUUAUACUUAUAAUUAAUAGAACACAAAAUCUAAAUUUUAAUAAUUUUUAUAUUGGACUCUAAAAAUUAAAAUAAUUAAAACGUCUAACAUUAGAUUUGAAGGGAAUUAAAAUAUCAAAAGAAGAAAUUGAUCAUGGAAUUUAAAUAUUCAAUUAAUUUGAUUUAAUUGAAAGAUUUAUCAUAGAUUGUUCAUCUAUGGAAUUUAUUAAAAAUUUAAAAUCAGAAUUGAAAUUGAAGAGUAAAAUAGCUUUAUAUUUUGAAUCAUAAUUAAUGUGA